GUGGUUAGCUUGAGGUCAGCUGAUCCCAUCGUCACUACAACCACCAUAGCAACGAACGCUUCGAGUCAUGGUAAUUGAACGGUGUAAGAGAAGGUCCCUGUGUAGCUAAGAAAUGAAGAGGCUGGCCUAGAUGAGAGCUUCACCUGAGCAGUAAGAAUGCCUUACAUCUGAGGAUGGGAGGAAGUGGAUCCAAAGCCAAAGGUGUGUGGCCUUUCUCAGGCAGUGGAGCUGCAGGUGACUCUGCCAGUGAUGGUAACGAACAGUCCCUGGCCCGUCUCAAAUGUUCCAGGAACGCUACACCUUUUGUUUUUACCAGGAGGAGCUCGCUGUACUACGACGAGGAUGGCGACCUCGCCCACGAAUUCUACGAAGAGACCGUGGUGACCAAAAACGGCAGGAAAAAGUCCAAAUUGAAGAGGAUCCAAAAGAAUCUGAUUCCACAGGGUAUUGUGAAGCUGGACCAUCCCUGCAUUCAUGUGGACUUCCCCAUCAUCCUUUGUGAGAUGUGAAGCUUUUUAUUUAACUCAUGGAAAAUCUCGUAUGAAGUACUCCUACUGGACUGAAGAGGUCAGACCUGAGUCGUGUUUAUUUGGGACAUUGAGUUUAACUGUGGGGUUUGCAGAAACACAAUGUCAAAUAUUCUAAUAAUAUCACACACACACACAUACGGCAGUGUGUUUGAGAUGCUGUAUUAGCCUGUGGUUGACAAUACAGAGGACGUUUAGGGCCACACUGAAAAUAAAUGGUCAAAUAUGAGGUGGUGGUACAGGAAAAGUGGUCAUUUUACGGGAAUUAUUAUUAUUAUUAUGGGAAUAAGAAAUAAAAAGUAAUUCUGCGAGAACGUCGUGGGUAUUCAUUUGUGUUACUAAAAUAUAACUUCACAAAUCCUCAACAGCCAAACCGUAAAAUAACGUUUUUAUUUUAAUCUUUAUUCUCGUAAUAUAGCUUUGCUCAUAAGAAUUUUAUUUUUUAUUCACAUGCUACUACUUUACUGUCCAAAAAAACCUUGUUAAUUUUCAUCAAAUAUAUUCACAUAAAAUUACAACAUUUGUCUUUUAAUAUUAUAUCCUGCUCAUAUUAUGUUCUUAUUAAAAAAAAUCUUAGUUUUGUCAUGACAACUUUAUGCUCUUAAUAUCACAGUGUUAUUUUAAUAUGCUAUUUUUCUUUUGGAAUUUAAUACUUUUAUUUUUGUAAUAUUUCUACAUAGAAAUAUGACUUAUUUUUAAAUGUAAUAUUACAACUUUAUUUCUGUAAUAUCAAAAAAAAGUUAGAUCUAAUAAAUUAUUUUUUUUUUCUUGUAAUUUACUACUUUAUUCUGGUAAUAUUUAUAUUAUUUUCAUAAAAUUACUCAAUUUUCCAUGUAAUAUUGCAUCUUUAUUCUUAUAAUAGCUGGGGCGAUUUUUGUAAGUAGUGUGGCCCUAAUACUCGUACUUGUACAGAAAGGCUGUAAAAAGUUAGCGGGGAUGUACAAAGGUAGCAACUUUGUGUCUUGUGUGAUUGAAUGAAUGUGGCGUCUCGUUCCAGGUAUACAUUGUACAUUGUACAUAAUAUGACAGUAUUGUGUAUGUCGGUCAGCCUUCUCUCGGUCACGUAUGCUCAGACCUGCACUAGUGAACAUGAUGUACUGUACAUAAUGACACAUGAUCUAGUUGGAAAUACUUGAAUAAAUGGUUUACCGAGUCGAA